AUGGAUAAACAGGCGCCUACUAUUCUACCCGAGUUCCACGGCGAGACGGACGAUUGGAAGGUGUACCAAGAGAUAUUGGACGAGUUUUACCGGGCCAAUGGUAUCGUUGGAAAGCUUCGUGUUCCGGUGUUGAUCAGUGUGAUCGGUAAGACAACGUACGGGACGCUGCGCAGUCUCUGCCAUCCUUCAGCACCGAAAGACAUGACCUACGAGGAUCUGUGCGCUGUGUUGGCCCGUCAGUUCAUACCGGAGAUCGCCAUCUUCCGGCACCGUGCACUGUUCUACCGGGCCGAGCAGCACCGUGGCGAAAGCGUUAAGGAAUGGUACGUCCGGCUGAAGUCGUUAUCCAUGGAGUGCAAGUUUGACAAGAGCCUGCUAGAACCGCUGAUGGUGGAUCGGUUUGUGGUCGGUUUGUUGCCGGGGCCGGUGCAGAACCGGCUGUACGAAGAGCAAGCUGAUCAACUGCGCAGCAUUGACCGUGCGUUCACAUUGGCAGCAACUAAGGAAGCGGAACUGACACAGGAAAAUAGAGACGAGGAAAUAGCCCGCGGCUUCGCCGGAUUGGUUAUUGAUGAUAUGCGGUACGGUCGACGACAUCGGCGGCAUGGAAAGCAUCCGCAUCCGUUUGGCCGGGAUCACGGACAUGGUCGACACGAUGGACAUGGCCAUCAUCAUCGCCACGGACGCCACCAUCGGCAUCAUCAUUCGGAUCAGGAUUCUUCAAGGCCACUCGAACACCAUGGCCAUCACCAUGGACAUCAUGGACAUCAUGGACAUCAUGGACAUCAUGGACAUCAUGGACAUCAUGGACAUCAUGGACAUCAUGGACAUCACGGACAUCAUCAACAACCGGGGCGUCAUUUCGGACCGCCAACCUUCGGACCGGGACCAUGGACAGGUGGCCACCAUGGGCGUGAAAUGUCGCCACGUUGUUUUGGACCGGCGGCCGGACCGUGGAUGGGUGGACACAAGGUAAGAAGUCAUCCAUUUGGUUACCCCACCAUGAUGGAAGCUUUUGGACGUCACGGUCGCCCGUGCGGAAAAUGGCGCAAACGAAACCACCAUCAUCGCCGUAGCUCGUCGUCAAGCAGCAGCAGCAGCAGCAGUAGCAGUGGCAGCAGUAGCGAUUCCAGCAACGACUCUCCCCACUCGGGUUUGGAAGUUACUACAGACCAGGAGGGUGAUCGGCAAUUCCAAAAGUUUAUGCGACGUGAAAUUGCCAAACACUGCCACAAACGACAUGGCCCGGGACGACGCCAUCGUCGCCACCACCAUCAUCAGCAAGAUGAGGAUCAACAGGAGGGACAUGGAAAACGAGGCUGUCGCAGAAAUCGGAAGCAGCAGGACGAACCAAGCGCACCGUCACAAGCGGAACAAGCGUCACUCAACGAUCCUACGACGGAUCCCGAGUUGAUCGAAUGA